AUGGCGCACUACGAGCAGGGGAGGCGGCAGCAAGUCGACGAGUACGGCAACCCGAUCCCUGGGGGCCAUGGUAUUCAGGGUCAAGCCGGCGGGUACGGCGUCGCGGGCACCGGCAGCUACGGCGGCGGCCAGCAGGCCGGGUACGGCGCCACUGGCACCGGCACGCAUGACACCGGGGGCUAUGGCGGCUCUGGUUAUCCGGGUGACGGGGCUACCGGAACAGGCGUCCAUGGCGCCGGUGGCCCAGGAGGGUAUGGAGCCACAGGUACGCAUGGCGUGGCCGGAUUCCAGGACGGCGCCGGCGGCGUCGGGCACGCUGGUGGUAUGCAUGGUGCAACAGGCAUGGGCACCCAUGGUACCGGCACCGGUCGUCACGGUGCGCAUGGUGCCACUGGAAUGCAUGACACCGGGGUUUUGGGCGGAGGAGGGCACACCGGCACCGGCAUGCCCGGCCAUGGCACGGCGGGUCACGGCGGCACAGGCAUAACUGGAACCGGCGGCGCGUUCCCCCAUGGAGCUGAGCACAAGACAGGCGGCAUCUUACGCCGCUCCGGCAGCUCCAGCUCCAGCUCGUCAUCAUCUGAAGAUGAUGGCAUGGGUGGGCGUCGGAAGAAGGGCCUAAAGGAGAAGAUCAAGGAAAAGAUGCCCGGAGGCCACAAGGACAACCAGGGCCAGGCGACGGCAACCGGAGCAUACGGCGGGACAGGAUACACUGGGGCUGGGCCGACAACCGGUACAGGAACCACCGGCGGGGCGUACGCGCCGACGACCGGAGGCACCCACGAGAAGAAGGGCGUGAUGGAGAAGAUCAAGGAGAAAAUCCCGGGUGGCCACAAGGACUACGACCAGAACCAGGACACCACCAGGGCAACCGGCGGCGGCUAUGGCGGAACCACCGACACGUACGGGACGACGACGACGACUGAGGGGACGCAUGAGAAGAAGGGUUUCAUGGAGAAAAUCAAGGAGAAGCUCCCCGGUCAGCACUAG